AUGCCAUCAUCAACAAUGAGAAAAAAACCAUUACAAUCAACAAUAACUAAUAGUAAUUUAUCACGUCCUUCAUUAAUUGAUACAAUGCUUUUAACAAGUACACCACUUCGUCGUUCUCCAGCUAUUCAAUCAACAACAACAUCAACACGAUCAGCAACUAAUUUAACUCUUCAACAAAUUUUUAAAGAAAAAAAUCAAACAUAUGAAGAUAUGCAAUUACUUAAUUUAACUAAAGCAAUGAAUAAAAAAGAUAAAAAAUUAUUAUCAACAAAUAAAACGAAUAAAAAUCGUUCAAAAAAUCGAAAAACUAUUAUAAAUCAAGAAAAUGAUGAUAAUGAUGAUGAUGAUACAGAUAAUGAUGAAGAAUAUAAAAUAAAAAAUAAAUCAAAUAGAAAUAAACGAAAAACAACUAUUUCAAAAUCAGAACAAUCUGAAGAACAUACUUCGAAAAAACUUCGUCGUACUGCUGCUUUAAAUAAUAAACGAACUACAAAAAUACCUAUUGGUAAAUCUUCAGCUGGAAGUUCAGAUGGUUGUACAACUGUUGAUGAAGAAAAUGAAGAAACACGUCUUAUUGAACAAUCAAAAUUAUAUAUUGAAGGACCAGGAAUUCAUCAAAAUUAUAAAAAAAUUAAUGAACAUAAUAAAAGAAUUGGUAAAAAAAUUCAAAGUCUUCGUUCACAUCAACAAAUUCCACCAACAUUACCAUCACCAAUUCUUACACGAUCAAAUAAUGAAAAUCAAGAUAUUAUCGUUGCACCAGUUCAAACUAGUUCACCUGUUAAAAUUAAAACAGCAUCACGUAUAACAUUUGCACUUCCUCCUCAAUCUGCAUCACCUAUUUCAACAAAUAUUUUCGAUUCAAUUCAUCCACAAAGUCCUCAAAUGCCACCAACAACAACAGCAACAUCAAUUGAUACACAAACAGAUGAUUUAUUAUAUCAACCUAUUCUUCAUGAAAAACAAUGUCAAACAAAAUCAAUUGAAGUAAUAAAUCAAUUAGUCCAAACAGAAUCAAUACAUAAUGAAUCUGUUUCUAUUGGUAUUCAAUAUCAAUCAGAUUUUAUAUAUGAACAACAUGUUGUAUGUCGAGAUUUAACAACAUGUACAUGUGUUGAACAAUUAGUUAAAACACGUCAAUUUCUUGUUGAUACAAGUAUUAAACUUCAAUUACCAAAUAUUAAUCGACCAACACAAGUAUCAAAACAAACAAUGACAGUUGAAGAAUCAUCACCAUCUACUAUGGUGCUUGCUAAAUCUAGUCUUAAAGUUGAACAACAGAUCAUUUUUGAACAAUUUAUUUCUCAAUUUAAUAUUCGUUAUUCAAAUAUUGUUGAUGAAACAACAACUCAUUUAAUAACUGAUUCAUUAGACGAGAAUACUCCACUUGUUUGUCCAUUAACAUUAAAAGUAAUUCAAGCAACUGCUCGUCAUUUACCAAUAAUUAGUAUUCAAUGGCUUGUUGCAUCAUUAACACAUCAAAUAAUUGUUCCAUCACAAAUCUAUGAAAUAUUUUUAGGUGAUCCAACAUAUGGUUAUCAUGGUGGUUUUCUUCGUUCACGUAUACCUCGUUCACAAGGUCUUUUUCAAAGUAUUGCAUUCCGUUUAGAAUGUCCUGAACAACAUGGUUGUCAAGCUAUAUUAGCUGAUAAUCGUACACUUCGUGAACUUAUUUAUCUUUGUGGUGGAACAAUUGUUGAUGAUUUAAAUCAACAUCAAUCAUCAACAAUAAUUGUAUUGUGCAAUGAAAUAAAACGAAAAGAUCAUAUAUAUACAGCUUAUGUUAAACCUGAAUGGUUACUUGCUUCUAUCGCUCAAUAUAAUCUUCAACCAUUUCAACAAUUUUCCGUCCAUUUUUCUUCUUAA